AUGCGCUUAACCAUCCCCCUCUUCACUCUCGCUGCUUGCGCCAGCGCCGUCGCUGUACCCAACCCAGAGGUGGUUGCUGAGCGCGGCAACCCCGUAGCCUUCUGGGACUUCGAUUUCGUCCGCGCCUACUUUACGGGCGGCUUUGUCGAGACCGUCAGCGCCGUAUUCACUUCCGACAAGUACCCUGAAGGCUUCAAGUCCUUUUGCAAAACGACACACUAUGAUGGCGCAAGAUUCGUCCCCUCCUGCACGCCUGAUCAUUUCCACUACCACUACGAUCUGUCUGCUUCGAAUAAGUCGUUCCUAUUUCUCUCCGUGACAGUUCAGCAGCGCGUUUCGCAGCCCCAUGAGUUGAUUAUCAAGGGUGAAUCCGGGUUUUCGCCUAAUCAUGUGGACAACACCCUGGUUGGCAGUGUUCAUAUUCCCGUCACUGCCCAGGAACCUGCUCCUUACAAGGCUCCCAACUAA